AUGAAAAAUUGUUCUCAGUCUUUUUUAUUUACUACAAAGCUAUCAUAAAUUAUUAGAAACGGAUGUACUGUUACUUUAACUGUCUAUCCUGACAAACUAUCAUUGAGUGGACUUAAGAAAUCGAGUCUGAGUGAGAAAAUUGAAAAGGAAAUCGACUUUUAAACUACUCAAUAUGUUCUUAAUUGGGAUUACUCUAACCAUUCCAAAGCCAUCGAGGGCUUCAGUCUUUGUAAGCAUGAUACCAGGAAGUACUCCUUCGGUGGAAGCAGUGACCAGCUCAGCUAGUUAAAAAACAUUUUAGGUGGUUUAAUGGCUUUUUGUGACUGGGAAAAAGAGUUCAAGUAUGUGAAGCACAUUAAAAACAACUAGAAAUGCUAGAUAAUCCUUGCCAAAUAACAAAACUAGUUUCAGGUUCUCAAACUCAUUCGUCAUCAAGAAGUAAAUAACCAAAGUUAUACAAAAUAGAAUCCAGAAGAAUUACAAGCACUUAAACUCAUUCAAAAGCACCCUCAUCCCAAUGUACUUGGCUUCAACUCAUAUUACAUCGACGAUUUGAAUUGCUACCUCGCCAUGGAUUACCUAUCUCAAGGCACACUCUACGACCUUCAGAAAAUGUACAACAACAAAUUGCCUAUGCACAUCAUCCAAGAGAUUAUGUAACAGAUUUUGGAGGGUUUAAAUCACUUGCAUUAAUUAAAAAUCAUACACAGAGAUAUUAAAUAUGACAAUAUCAUGAUUGCCUCUAUCAACCCUCUCAAAAUUAGAAUUAUUGAUUUCGGUCUCUGCAUGAUCAAUUAAUCCCCCUUUUCAAGAGCUGGCACUGGAGGAUACAUUGCACCAGAGGUUUUCCUAUCCACCAGAAUCAAUGAAAAAAUUGAUGUCUUUAGUGCCGGAGCAGUAUUUCACAAAUUACUUGUCGGUAAACCCAUCUAUGAAGACCUUGGGUAAAACCAAGCAGGCAAUAUUCGAAUCAGUUCUCACAUCCAAAACGAAAAUGCUCUCGAUCUAUUGCAUUAGAUGCUCAACUUCGAUCCCAAAUUAAGAUAUAGUGCUUACGAUUGCAUAGCUCAUCCAUUCUUCACUGAUGAAUCUGAUUAGCUCUCCUCGAAAACUGAAUUGUUUUCAUAUUUAUCCCCCAAACAAGCAAAGCUCUAGGUCUUGACUCCCGCAACAGAUUUCAUUUCUAACUAAAACGUGUACCCUUUCAAACUAAAUUGAUGUAACUGUAUAUAAUUUUUCAUUGAAAUAUCUAUAUUUAA